UGUGUGGCAAUGAUGCAAUGGGGAACCCUCUGGACACAUACAGGUGGAUGGAUGUUAUUGUACAGGAGAUCCGCCUGACACCCGGAAACUGGGAGCCCAUAGACACAGCACAGGAGAUGACAAGAUCCCCCUUUAUGUGGGGCGCACACUGACACCCCAUUACCCAGGAUGAGAAGAAGACCCCCUGUGUGCAGCUCACACCCCCAACAACAUGACCCCCCCAGCCCUAUGGAUGACCCUUGUCCUGUACAUCACACUGGGGCCACAGUGUGAUGCCGGGGCCUCCGUCUCCCUCCCAGAAUCCCUCCUCUUCGUUUCCACGCUGGACGGGAGUUUGCACGCGGUCAGUAAGAAGACUGGAGAUGUGAUUUGGACUCUGAGAGAUGAUCCCGUCAUCCAAGUCCCACUCUAUGUCGCUGAACCCGCUUUCCUGCCGGACCCCAGCGAUGGAAGCCUGUACAUCCUGGGGGGAAGAAACAAGGAGGGACUCAUGAAAUUACCCUUCACCAUCCAGGAAUUGGUCCAGUCCUCUCCCUGCCGUAGCUCUGAUGGGAUCCUAUAUACAGGUAAGAAGCAGGAUUCCUGGUUUGUGUUAGAUCCGAAAUCUGGAGAGAAGCAGACCACUCUGUCCACAGAGUCAUCAGACGGAUUGUGUCCAUCGUCCCCUCUGCUGUAUAUUGGACGCACACAAUACAUGAUCACCAUGUAUGACACAAAGUCUCGGGAACUGCGCUGGAACGCCACCUUCCAUGACUACUCCGCUCCUCUCUGUGACGAGAGCUAUGAAUACAAGAUGGCUCACUUCGCCUCCACCGGUGACGGGUUAUUGGUCACGGCCGAAAGGAGUAGCGGGCAGGUGUUGUGGAUGCAUAAUUAUGGCUCGCCUGUGGUUGGGCUCUUUAUGUGGCACCAGGACAGUCUGAGACGGAUCCCUCAUCUCAACGUGGCCACAGAGACCUUACGCUACUUAAGAUUCAACUCUCAGGACAUCCGACUGAUCAAAUGGAUAUACCAGACUGUGCAGGAGCUGGGCAGCACCAAGACACAUCUACUGCCUUCACUGUAUGUCGGGAAGCAUGCCAGUGGAUUCUAUGCCUCCACCUCACUGAUCCACGAGGGAGUCUCAAUUGUGCCACGCGGAAUCACCUUGGCCCGGAUAGAAGGUCCCACCACCCAGGAUGUAACACUGAAGGAGUCAACUGAAUUUGAUGUGACACCCAGCACAGAUGUCAAAUACCCACAUGGUGGUGUGGUGUCUGCCAGCCAGUGGCUACUGAUAGGUCACCACGAGGUGCCGCAUGUUGUACAUACCACAAUGCUGCGUGCUUUUCCAGAGACUCUGCAGAGGGACACAGAGUCCAUCAUCCGAGGCCCAGCUCCAAGGACUUUGUUUGAUGAUUUUAGGACCCCACAGAAUCAAGGUGGGGUUCCCCAGGGUGACAAUGAAGGACGGUUGAAGACGGAGAGCAACAAAGAAGAAGGUGGAAUUGUGCUACCUGACUCGUCGAUCACAAAUCUGCUCAUCAUGGGAAUAGUGACACUUCUUCUGGGAGGAUGGGUGCUCUUUGGCCUUACCUACCCAAAGAUGCAGGAGCAACAGCGUCUGCAGCAACAACAAUUACAACAGCAACUCGAAGAGAAGCUACUGCGUCUCCAACAGCAGCAGAACAUGACCACUGAGGCUGAAGAGACCACAGUGCUGUCUGGAGAGCAGAGGACUGGCAGCGGUAAAAGACAGAGUGGAGACGUGCAACAGAGCCAAGCCAACGGAGCAAAACGUCUGAGCACAGAUGAUGGGGAGGUAGAAGGUCGAGAUGAGGAAGACAUACAAGUGGGGAAAAUCUCCUUUUCUUCCAAGGAAGUUUUGGGUCAUGGAGCAGGAGGAACGUUUGUGUUCAAGGGCAGAUUUGAUGACCGCGCUGUAGCUGUAAAGAGAAUUCUGCCAGAGAGUUUCAUGCUGGCCGAUCGAGAGGUUCAACUGCUGCGAGAAUCUGAUGAACAUCCAAACGUCAUCCGCUAUCACUGCACAGAGAGCGACAAGCUUUUCUAUUAUAUCGCCUUAGAGCUGUGUGCAGCCACUUUGCAAGAGUAUGUGGAGAACCCCGACUUCCAUUGCAAUGGCUUAGGUAAUGUGACCGUCCUGUUCCAGGCCAUGUCAGGAUUGGCUCAUUUACACUCUCUGAACAUUGUGCACAGAGAUCUGAAACCGUGCAAUAUCCUCAUCUCCCUGCCCAACGCCCAGGGCAGACAGAGAGCCGUCAUCUCGGACUUUGGCCUAUGCAAAAAGCUGGGAAUAGGGAGAAGUAGUUUCAGCCUGCGCUCUGGUAUCCCGGGCACUGAGGGCUGGAUCGCACCAGAGGUUCUACGCGAUGUGCGGACACAGAACCCGACAUCAGCGGUGGACAUAUUCUCGGCCGGUUGUGUAUUUUAUUACGUCCUGGCACAUGGGAAGCACCCGUUUGGUGACAGCCUCAGGAGACAAGGAAAUAUACUGAAUGGGUCAUACCAACUCCCACAUUUGGAGGAGGAGACGCAUGAAAAUGUAAUCGCACGGGAUCUCAUCGAGAAGAUGAUCAGCAACGACCCCCAGCUCCGACCUUCCGCUCCCUGUGUGCUGAGACAUCCAUUUUUCUGGUCCAGAGAGAAGCAGCUGCAGUUCUUUCAGGAUGUCAGCGAUCGCAUUGAGAAGGAGCCUCAGGACAGUCCAAUUGUUGUUAACCUGGAGUCCGGAGCUCGUUCUGUUGUUCGUGUCAACUGGCGGUUAUAUAUAUCACUUCCUUUACAGACAGACCUCAGAAAGUUCCGUUCCUACAAAGGGAAUUCUGUACGAGAUCUGUUAAGAGCUAUGAGAAAUAAGAAACAUCAUUAUCAUGAGCUGCCGCCAGAGGUCCAGGAGUCACUGGGCACCAUUCCUGACGAUUUUGUAUAUUAUUUUACCUCUCGGUUUCCACUUCUACUCCUUCACACACACCAGGCGCUGGAACUGUGCGCGGAAGAGAGACCUUUCCAGAACUAUUACCACCGCGAAUCGCGGCGCUGAGGAGGCCUCAGGCUGCCCAGAGAACACUUGUGUUGGUCAGCUGGACUCUCCUGUUUUUAUACAGUGAAUUGCACUGCCUCAUAGUAUUUGCACAGUAGUUUUUAUUUUUUCACUGUAUUUGCUUUUAUUUCAGCGGACUCCAAAAACAUUUCUCUUUUUUUUUUUAUAAUUUUACCUUUGUUCAUUUACCUUCCAGUCUGUUGAAUGGAGGUGAUUACUGGAAGCCGGACUUUGCAUUAAAGCCUCCAGUCUGCAUAGUGA